ACACACCUCCACAACCAUCCUCCACAAGCAGAGCAAGCAAGCAAGAAACCAUCACAGCAUCCAAGCAAGCAGCAGACAGCGAUCAUCAUCCAUGGCGGCGCACCACCAGCAGCAGCAGCAACCGCAGCCGCAGCAGCAAUCGCAGCAGCAGGCGGUGGGGUUCGAGGACUACCUGCCGGUGAUGGCGGAGCGGCUGGGGGAGGAGGGGCUGAUGGAGGAGCUGGCGGCGGGGUUCCGGCUGCUCAUGGACCCGGCCUCCGGCCUCAUCACCUUCCACAGCCUCCGCCGCAACGCGCCGCUGCUGGGCCUGGGCGGCAUGUCCGACGACGACCUCCGCGGGAUGCUCGCCGAGGGCGACUUCGACGGCGACGGCGCGCUCUCCCAGAUGGAGUUCUGCGUCCUCAUGGUCAGGCUCAGCCCCGACCUCAUGGACCAGCCCCGCCGGUGGCUCGACGACGCCGUCGCCCAGGCCUCCCACUUCCUCUUCACCAGCUAGAUUCCGGCCGGAUAGGAAAAUUAAUCUUCUUCUUCUUCGUUGUUGUUUCUUCUCUCCCCCGCUGUUCAUAGAGUCAGGAUUCGAGAAAAGAAAAGGCACUGUCGAUUGGUUGAAUGAUCUCCAUGUGUACUGCCGUUCCCGCACGGGGAUCUCUCUGAAUUAAUCGACAUAAGCUUCUACCGUUUCACCA